UCUUCUCCUCCUUCUCUUCAAGCCCUCGCCGCCGAGAUCUUUCAUCCAGAAGCCCCAAUCUAGGGUUCCGAUCUGGCUCUUCUCAAGGAGAUGGCGGCGAAGGAGGCGGUGGUGCCGGAGUCGGUGCUGAAGAAGAGGAAGAGAGAGGAGGAAUGGGCGCUGGCGAAGAAGCAGGAGCUGGAUGGCAGGAAGAAGAAGGAUAAGGAAAACCGCAGGGUUAUUUUCUCUCGUGCUCGGCAGUACGCCAAAGAGUACGAGACUCAGGAGAAGGAGCUGAUCCAAUUGAAGCGGGAGUCGAGGCUCAAGGGAGGUUUUUAUGUCAGCCCUGAACCCAAGCUUCUCUUCAUCAUCCGUAUCCGGGGUAUCAAUGCCAUGCACCCAAAGACCAGGAAAAUCUUGCAGCUCCUGCGUCUGAGACAGAUAUUCAAUGGUGUGUUCCUUAAAGUUAACAAGGCUACAAUGAACAUGUUGCACAGGGUUGAGCCUUAUGUGACAUAUGGGUACCCAAAUUUGAAGAGUGUUAGGGAAUUGAUAUACAAGAGGGGUUAUGGAAAACUGAACAAGCAGAGGACCCCACUGGCUGAGAACUCCGUCAUUGAACAGGCCUUGGGAAAGUAUGGCAUUAUCUGCAUUGAAGAUUUAAUCCAUGAGAUCAUGACUGUUGGUCCCCACUUCAAGGAGGCAAACAACUUCCUGUGGCCAUUCAAACUCAAGGCACCUUUGGGUGGUCUUAAGAAGAAGAGGAAUCAUUAUGUCGAAGGUGGUGAUGCCGGAAACCGGGAGAACUACAUCAAUGAGCUUAUCAGACGGAUGAACUAGAAUUUGUUUCUCUUCGAGAUCUUUUUAAUCGGCUGUCACAUAGGGCAGAUUAUAUUCGAAAUUUAAUUUUUUAAAUGCAAUGCAUUCUUGUGGAGAGGAACCUUGAACACAUUUUGCAGUUUUGAUUUUGAAAUUUAAGAACCUGAGAUAAUAAUAUGUUAUGCAGAAUGAUUCUUGUAA